CACUCUCCUUGUGUCAGCUCUGACCUUGGUUAAACUGGGCACUGCUUACGCAGUCUGACAAGCUGGGAAGCCGCUCUCGAACACACGCUCAGGUACACUGACAGGGGAAAACAUACCUACCCCCCGAGAGACAGACAGAAAACACAUACAUACACACACACACACACACACACACACACACACACACACACACACACAGUCACACAGAGGGAGAGAGCCGGUGCUGCGAGAUCGGUGGCAGCAUGCAUGCAGAGCUGCUGGCGUUCUGCUGUGGGAUGGACGUCUCCUCGUCGCCUCGCUAUCAGACGCUCCCCUCCCGCUGCCCGGCAUGUGGGCAGUGCUCGCGCGGAGCCUCCUUCUCCACGGUGCGCAUCUCCGCCGGGGAGAUGGAGUCCUACCACCGGUUCCUGGGCGUGUGCCGGGAGACGGAGUCUGCCACGCAGAGAAAUGAGAUUAUGCAGCAGGAGAUCAGGCCACUGCUGGCAGUGGAUAUUAUAGAGCAGCUUCACAGGAAAUUUGCCCUCCUAUCAGGAGGUCGAGGAAAAGAUGGGGCGCCUAUCAUCACCUUCCCAGAGUACUCGGCUUUUAGUGACGUACCUGAUGACGACUUUGUGAAUGUCGUCACGUACCUGACCAGCAUUCCAAGUCUGGAUGCUGCUAGCAUUGGCUUCGUCAUCAUUAUCGACCGCCGCAGGGACAAAUGGAGCUCGGUGAAGGCCUCCUUGGCCAGGAUAGCGGGGGCAUUUCCAGGGAACCUGCAGCUGGUCCUGGUGUUGAGGCCCUCGCGGUUUCUCCAAAGAACAAUAGCAGAUAUUGGCAUCCGGUUGCACCGGGAUGACUUCAAAAUGAAGGUACCGAUUGUCAUGCUUAACUCCCUGUCCGACCUGCAUGGAUACGUCGACAAAGGUCAACUGACGUCUGAACUGGGUGGGAAUCUUGAGUACUGCCACAGCCAGUGGAUCCAUCACAGGACCGCCAUUGAGAACUUUGCAGUGACGGUGAAAACCACAGCCCAGAUGCUGCAGAAGUUUGGCACAGACCUGGCAGAAACAGAACUUCCCAAUGAUGUGCAAUGUACUAAAGAUCUGCUGUGUGCCCAUACAGAGAAACACGACAAACUCAAGGAUGAACUCAAGCUGUCCAUGAAGCAAGGAACUACCCUGCUAUCCUGUAUCAAAGAGCAAGCCAGCAAAUCGGAAAGUCAUAAAUUAAAUCCAGAUGAAACAGAUAACCUGACCACUGUGGAAAGGUUGUUGGCACAGUUGGAUGAAACUGAAAAUGCCUUUGAGCAGUUCUGGUCCAAACAUCAGCUCAAACUGGAGCAGUGCCUGCAGCUGCGACACUUUGAACAAGACUUCAGAGAAGUGAAAGUCUCCUUGGAUGGCCUGAUGCAGGCGUUGGCUGUGCUCUCCGACAUCGGGGACUCUGUGGCCCGCGUGGAGCAGCUGCUGAAGGAGCUGAAGACCCUGGAGGACAGGGCUCAGGAGUUCUUGGAAAAGGCCCAGCGGCAUGCUUCAUAUGGCGACCAGCUUAUCCAAAGCAAUCACUAUGCUGUGGACUCCAUAAGGCCAAAGUGUGUUGAGCUCAGACGCAUCCGUGAUGACUACAACAAUGAAGCGAAGAAGAAAUAUGAUAUCCUGUCCAAAUCGCUUGAAAUUCACAAGGGCAUUGACAAGGUGAACCAGUGGUGUGAGUCUGGCGUGUACCUGCUGGCCUCUCAGGCUGUGGAUAAGUGCCAGUCUCAGGAGGGGGCUGAGGCAGCGCUGCAGGACAUCAGACGCUACAUGGACACUGCCGAGGAACAGCAACUGAGCGCGCUCAGAGAGCUCUACAACCAGCAUGAGCUGAUGCUCUCAGACUACAUCCGGGACAAUGUGCAGAAGGCACUUCAGAGGUUGCAAGAUGUCCAGGAGAUGUUUGAGAAGAGACAUGUCAGCCUUAAAAAGCUGUCGGCCAAACAGACUCGACCCGUGCAGCCGGUAGCUCCACGGCCGGAGUCCUCGCCCAAGCGACCAUCACCCAAAACACCCAGGCCAGCAAGCAUCGCAGCCAAUAGGCGGGGUUCAGAAAAUUCCAGCGCCACCAAGCAGAACACUGAUGCUGACCUGGCAAAGAGGAAGAACAUCCGUAAGGGUUCUGCCAAAGGGGGCAUAAAGAUUGAAGUUAUGCAUGAGGCCAGCCAGGGAGGCUCCAGCCACUUGCUGGUGCCAAGUGAGACCGAGGAGAGCCUUUCAAACAGACGCAGGCACAUUAUGACUGAGCUGAUGGAAACAGAGAGGCUGUAUGUGGAGGAACUGCAGAGCAUCAUUGAGGGCUAUGCAGCGGAGCUGGACAACUCAGAGCUCUCUCACCUCAUCCCCCCAGCCCUGGAGAACAAAAGAGAAGUCCUCUUUGGAAACCUGCCUGAGAUCUAUGAGUUCCACAAUCGAACCUUCCUGAAAGAGCUAGAAAACUGCUGUGAGAAGCCUGAGCUGGUGGGAAUUUGCUUUUUGAAAAGGAAGGAAGAGCUGCAGAUCUAUGAGAAGUACUGCCAGAACAAGCCGCGCUCCGAAGCCCUCUGGAGACAGUGUGGAGACAGCCUUUUCUUCCAGGAAUGCCAAAAGAGACUGGAUCACAAGCUGUCACUGGAUGCAUACCUACUGAAGCCAGUUCAAAGGAUCACAAAAUACCAAUUAAUGCUGAAGGAAAUGCUGAAGUGCAGCAAGAACUCGGGGGGAACUGUGGAACUGGAGGAGGCCUUGGCAACUAUGCUUGACAUCAUCAAGUCUGUCAAUGACUCUAUGCAUCAAAUCGCCAUCACUGGCUUUGAGGGUAACCUCGCUGACCUCGGGAAGCUGCUCAUGCAAGGUUCCUUUAACGUGUGGACAGACCAUAAAAGAGGUCACAAUAAAGUGAAGGAUCUUGCACGAUUCAAGCCUAUGCAGAGGCACAUCUUCCUGUACUACAAGAUGCUGCUCUUCUGCAAAAAGCGUGAAGAAACCACAGAGGGCCAUGAGAAAUCCCCCUCGUACAGUUUCAAGCACUCUCUCAAGAUGAGUGCAGUUGGUAUCACAGAGAAUGUGAAGGGGGACAUAAAGAAGUUUGAAGUGUGGUACAAUGGACGAGAGGAAGUAUACAUCAUUCAGGCCCCCUCCAUGGAAGUGAAGAGCAUGUGGGUGUCAGAGAUCCGCAAAGUGUUGACGUGUCAGCUGGAGGCGUGCAGAGAGGCGAGUCAGCUUCAUCAGAGAAUCACAGAGAACAUUUACCAUGCUCCCAUGAGGAACAAACUUGCCCUCAGGCAGUCUGAUUCCUCCAGUCCAGAGACCGGUUUCAGGCGCAGUAACCCUAGCCCCAACAUGCGACAGAAAAGAGCCGAUGCUGCCGCCAACACUUAUCCUGAUCGCAGCUCUAACCCCGACCGCUCUGCUCUUGCUAAAAAGCGCUUCACCUUACAGCGCCUGUCCAACCGCAGGUCCCUUCCCGCAGCACCUGCACCUAAGGAGAUGGAGGUUCCGCGCCGCUUCUCUUUAGCCGCCUCUAUUAGUGCCUCUACCGCUACGCGCACCGCCAAAGGUCGACUUCCUUCUAGCCUUAGAUCCAAGCGACAUGAGAUUAAGAGCGACCCCACACCACUAGGUUACGAAGAUGUACAUGGGGGUGCUCCAGCCCAAAGCAAACAAAAAGGUACCACAAGUACCACCUCAGCUGUGCCUAGAUCCACAUCCCAACCAGGAUGGACCCAGCGACGCUUGCCCUCCAUGGACCCGGAAGAUUUCGAGACCAUACCAUCGAGCGCCGAGGAGCUCUCAAACUCGUCUGACGGGGAAGAUGAGAGCAAUAACAAAAAUGGGGAAAAUGAGCGGUUCCAGGCCCAGCUGGCGUAUGAGGCGAGGACAGGGCAGGAUCUGUCUCUUGAGUCAGGGGAAAUAGUGCAAUUCUUGGAAGAAGCAGAGAAUGGUCACUGGCUAGUCAAGAACCUUAUUACACAGAAGACAGGUCUGGUGCCACCCACAAUACUACAGGCAACUGCAGGAAGACAUGAGAUUUACAGUAACACUGACAUCUUCAGUGACUUGUGCACCGCGGCACUCACGGACAACGAGGACAAUGAGGACGACGCCGCGGGUGACGUGGCUACAGCAAAUCGACGGAAUUGCAUCUAAGAGUGGCAGUGAUUCCACCACCUUGCUUCAGUGCCGUGCAUUUAAGUGAACGCUGCAGGACACGCGCCCGUGUAAAACCUCUUCAGAGAAAAAGCACAAAAAACCCAGACCUAAACAUCUGCAAAGAAUGUCCCAUCACUGUCCCAUCGGGCUACAGUAUGGCCAACCAUAUUGAAUGAAGAGAGUGGAGAGGGGGACAGAUAAGGUGGUAAACUGCUCCCUCUGGCUUCAGAAGCCCUACUUCAGCUGCCAAUGUCAAGCAACAAAUUGCAUACCCAGUCAGCCAAGACCCCCGGGAGAAUCUCAAGCCCUUGCAAGAUGGUGCUCAGUGCUUUCAUUACCAAACUUUACUGUGCCUUCGUGGGGGCUUCGUGUAGCCUGCCCUCCUUUGGCUAGAAGUGCUCAACCUUGGUGAGGGGGAAUCACUCCAGUGACAAUAUGGAUGGACACAAAAUACCACAACAAAAUGAGGAAUGCAUACAGUGUGUCACAAGCUUGGGAUGACGUGACAUACUGUGAAUGGUCUGCAAACAGGCUUGAUUUUACCAUGACUCUGAGAGAACAUUUAUCAACUGUACUGUCCUGCUGAAUUUUUCACCUGUUAUCUAGUUUCUGACUCCUAUACACAGCACUUCUUGAAGAUUUGUGUAAUUUACCUGUACAUUUGUAUACUCUUAACUAGUGUUUCCUGACUUUAUUAAAGUAACAUUUUAUUUGAAAAAAUGUCAAGUUAUAUAUAUAUAAGGGUUUUAAAGGUUAUUGGCCUAUAUUUCAUGAAGAUAUCCAUCUCAAAUACUUUUUACAGGCUAGCUAAAUUGACAGAAGUCACAUUUCCCCUGGUCAUGAUGCCUUAAUUAAUAUGUCAGUUAAGGAGAAUAUUUACCACAUCAGCUCAGUAUUUUACUGACCAUCAGAUAUACAGUAUUCCAAUAGGACUGUAAGGAAUAGGUGGCAGUACUAUUUUGUUACAGUAUUCGCAUACCUGAAUGUUUCUAUGUAAGUUUGUAUAUUAUGUCAAUAAUAUUAUUCCAGCUCUUAAAGUGCAUUCCCUUUGUGCUUUGUAGUGAUUCCAUCCCAUAGAUGAACUGUUUCUGAAAUUUCAAAGUAAACACGCAUUCCAUCAGUACAACUGUCCUCAUAAAGGGACAUCAUAUAGGAAAAUAAAUGUCAAGAAAUACAUAUGUACAGUAUAAAGAUGUUUUAAAGGCUUUCUCAAGAUGAAAUGGAAUUACACCGUUCCAUAGUUAUAGCAGGCCUUUGUAGCCUUUUCAAGCUGUCUAUUGGGUUUCAGACUGGUCAUUUGAACUCUUGCUGAAAAGGCAGAUGAUUGUAAACAAAUGCCAUUAGUCUUGACGGCAGACUGUUGGAUUCAUAUGAAAUUGUCAUAUCUUCUAUUUAAAUGUACCACUAUUAUUUAAAACAAAAGAAUAAGGGUUCUCUGACAAAUCUGUUUGGACAUUGUCAAUGGAAUGUAUGAGAAGUGUUAAUUACCUGUCUGUACAUUUGUAAGCAUAUGAGAAAUACAUGGACUGUAUCAGCUAA